CCCCCCACUCCGUUCCCACUCGCUUAGGCGUGGCCCCGCGUCGCGCGGCCGGGCGCCCUUACGCCGUUCCCCCACGUUCGGUCGAGCGCGAGUGGGCGGGCGGGCGCGCGGCGCGGCCAAUCAGCGUCGCCCACGACCCACCCCGGAGAAGUUGUGGAGCCGUCGGGCCCGGGGCGCCGCCGCCGCGGGCGUGUGGGGCGGCGGAGAUGGUGUCUCCCGCGGCCUCCGCCGGCCGCCUGGGCUCCGCGCUGCCCUUCCUGCUCGUGCUCUUCGACCUGCAGUACCAGGGAGCUGAAUGUGGAAUAAAUGCAGAAGUAGAAAAACAACUUGAAAUGGGAAAGAAGUUAUUGGCUGCUGGACAGCUAGCAGAUGCUUUGUCUCACUUUCAUGCAGCUAUAGAGGGAGACUCUGAUAACUACAUUGCUUAUUACAGAAGAGCCACAGUGUACUUGGCCAUGGGCAAAUCUAAAGCAGCAAUUCGUGAUUUAAGUAAAGUGGUUGAAUUGAAACAGGACUUCACAUCAGCAAGAUUACAGAGAGGACACUUACUGCUCAAGCAGGGAAAAUUUGAUGAAGCAGAGGAUGACUUUAAAAAUGUGCUCAAAUCCAAUCCCAGCAAUAAUGAGGAAAAAGAAGCCCAGACUCAGCUGACAAAAUCUGAUGAGCUACAGCGCUUGCAUUCACAAGCAUUAUCUGCCUACCAGCAAGAGGAUUACGAAGCUGCAAUUUCUCUUCUUGAUGAAAUCUUGGCAGUUUGUGUUUGGGAUGCAGAGCUACGGGAACUUCGAGCUGAGUGUUAUAUAAAAGAAGGGGAACCAAGCAAAGCCAUUAGUGACUUGAAAGCUGCUGCCAAAUUAAAGAACGAUAACACUGAAGCCUUCUAUAAAAUCAGCAGAAUAUAUUAUCAGCUGGGGGACCAUGAAUUAUCACUCAGUGAAGUCCGGGAGUGUCUGAAAUUGGACCAAGACCAUAAGCAAUGCUUCUCUCUCUAUAAGCAAGUAAAGAAACUCAAUAAGCAGAUUGAGUCAGCAGAGGAAUUCAUCAGAGAAGGCAGGUAUGAAGAUGCAAUCAGUAAAUAUGAUUCCGUAAUGAAAACGGAGCCAGAAGUCCCAGUUUAUGCUACUCGUGCCAAAGAAAGGAUCUGCCACUGUUUAUCAAAGAAUCAGCAGGCUACAGAAGCGAUAGAAGUUUGUACAGAAGUUCUGCAACUGGAACCAACCAAUGUGAAUGCCCUGAAAGACAGAGCAGAAGCUUAUUUGCUGGAAGACCUGUAUGAAGAAGCUAUUAAAGACUAUGAGACUGCUCAGGCCAAUAGUGAAAAUGACCAGCAGAUUCGGGAGGGGCUAGAACGUGCCCAGCGGAUGCUGAAGCAAUCUCAGAAGAGGGAUUACUAUAAAAUCUUAGGAGUAAAAAGAAAUGCUCGAAAGCAAGAAAUCAUAAAAGCUUACAGAAAGCUGGCAUCCCAGUGGCACCCUGAUAACUUCCAGAGUGAGGAAGAAAAGAAGAAAGCAGAGAAAAAAUUCAUUGAUAUAGCAGCUGCUAAAGAAGUCCUCACUGACCCAGAAAUGAGGCGGAAGUUUGACGCGGGAGAGGACCCACUGGAUGCGGAGAGUCAGCAGGGUGGGGGCAACCCUUUCCACAGGAACUGGAACACAUGGCAAGGAUUCAACCCCUUUGGUUCUGGAGGAGGACCAUUUACAUUCAAAUUUCACUUCAGUUAGAGCCAAGACUGUUUCUGGUGGCUGCUGCUGUUUUUUACUUAAUUCGUUGAAAAAUAAAAAGUCUCUCAGUUCAAGACCCAAAAUCUUAAUUUCUAAUGUUGUCCUUAACCCAGAGUCUUACUGCACUAGAAGAAAGCUGCUGCUUUCUUUUAGUAUUCAGAGAGUUUGCUUUGUUGUGGCCUUGACAAGCUCGUACUGGUUGUGGGGGUUUGUUUCUGCCUACGCAGUUGUUGUGGAUAUGCAGGGCAUGUUUAUUCCUGCGAGUGGAAAAAACACUAAGAGGCUACUUAGGACAACACUUAAACAUAAAUUUAGGACUCAAGUAUAUGCUUAAAGGUAAAAAUGCAUGUAAAUAUUUUUCUGAAUUGGGGCCUGAUAAACAUGGAAAGGGUAGUUACAAUAGUCUCUGCGUUAACGAAUCGUUAGUUGUCGUGCUCAUCAGAAUGAUCCAUCUCUCAGUAUUCUUUCAAGGAAAUCCCAGUGACCCCCUGCGGUGUUACUGUCGGCAGUGCCAUGGGUAGGGUGGAGAGGCUGCCUGAGUCUGAACAACCGCUCUGAAGGAAGAUCACUUGUAACUAAGGAUAUUUGAAAAUGUCUACCGGCUUUAUUCCUUAACCUGAAAUGAAUUGGGGGGAUUUUCUUCAUGGUAAUUGUCAGCUCUGAAAGUGAAAAAAUAUGCCUGAUGGUUUUUGAAAGACUUUUUCUGAAUGUGAUUUGGGAUGCUUAGGUAUCAUUUUUGAGUAGUUUGCACUUUAACAAAAUAGCUGCUUGAGAUUUGAGCAAAAAAUUCGACGUGACAUUUCCCCGACUAUGUAGCCAUUUGUUAGUUCUCUGUACAUAAACUCAGAACUGAUGCAGGUUGUGAGGACUGUAGGAAUAUGAUAUUAACUCUAGACUUCCCCUGUAAUGCAACUUCAUUUCUGCUGGGUGAUGCAACAGUGAGUUAAUGCUAUGUGAAAUUGUUUGGAGUAAUUUUAUGCUUUCUGUUACAGCCACCGUACUGCAAAACAACUGCCUGUGUGCAGAAAGAGGGACUAACUCUCCAUUAGCCAAAAGUCUGGUUUAUUUUUUCUAUAUGCGUGUAGCUAAAAUUGGUUUAGUGUAUUGAUCAGACUGUGAAUGCAGUGUGAGGUAUUACCAGGAGUGUAGCUGCUCUGAGUGAAGUCUUCUCAUUCUGUAACCGAAUCUGUCAUAAUUACUGAUGAGUUUUGCCAGCAGCCAUUUUCUGAGAAUGCAAGAAUUACAGUUCAUCAGUGUUUUCUUGAUUGGAUUUUAACUGGAAAACAAUAAUCAGCUGAUAGGAAUCUUCUCUUGCUUCAAUUCAUGGCAUUUGAAAGCAUAAGCAGCCUCCAUAAAACAAAGGAAAUUAGCAAAUAAGGCCUUCGGUCUGAAAGUGUUCUUUUUAUUACUGUAAUCGGAGUUGCUGUUGAAGCAUAACCCUUGUCUCCUGCCUCAAGUACUUUACAAACACAAUUGUGAGGCCGUGUGGCUUCGUAAAAUGUUUUUCAACAGCAAUUUAAAGGUCAGUGUUUGUUCAGCCAAAAUUUAUCUUCGAGCUGAAGAGCGUAUGUAGUGAUGUCUAACAGUUUAGGGUAUAAAAACACCCCAGCAGCCCCUUAAACUCCGGGGUCGGAUGUUUUCCAAGCUGAAUGGCUUUCUCGAAGUUCACCUUCUGCUUUCACCUGUCGGAAGGCUUCUUGUUUAACCUCUGUAGAAGAUGCUCAGGACGCUGUUUACGCCGUUCCAGGCUCCCGUGGUUCCCGUAGGACCUCCAGGGCUCAGGCACAGGGACCCUCCGCGCACUCAGGAACCGGUUACCCCGCUGGUAGCAGCCGGUGCAGCCGGCUCUCUGCGCGUGUGCUUUUUUUUUUUUGCUCGCAGUAAGUAGAAGGCUGCUGGCUUUACCGUUCUGGGUUGCCGUCGGCCCGCUGUCCCCCAGGGCUGGGCGAGGGCCGGGCGCGGGGCGCUGCCCCACGGAGCCCCCCUUGCACCUGUUCGCGUGCGAGUCGCGGCUCUGUCGAAACACUGUCCCAUCGCCUUGUGCACCACAGGGGGGGCUGGGUUUAAAUUGCUGUGACAUGCCCAGCGUGGGCAACGUGUCGUAUUUGGUGUGUACAGGAGUGUGUGUGCAUUUUCGGGAAGUCAUUAUAAACGCCGCAGAGAGCUGUUUGUGUGCGAGGGAAGUGCUAGAAAGGAUCCACCUCUUAAAGGACUACCCUCGUUCAGCUUUUUUGCUCUCAACCCUCUCCCUUCUCUGUUUUAAAAGCUAUAGCCAAGGAAAUUGUUUCCUGGUCUUAAAUUCUUUUCUUUUAGGGAAGGAAUAAGACAGUCCCUCGUAAGUAAAUUAUUCAUACAAGGCUCCUGAUGUUAGACUAGUACGGAUUUGUUUCUCUAAGGACAGUUCUGCUGUAGACUGGAGGUGGUCAGGAACAAAAAGGAUUGUGUUUACUUUGAGAAUGAAUGGGAAAGGGAAAAUUACAUAUUUAAAAAAAAAAAAAAAAAAAAGGCUUGAAUGUAGUCAGGAGAAGAAGGAAUAUGAUUAAUGUGUGAAUGCCCUGCAUAGAUGCCUUCUGUGGAAGACAGUGUCUUGAAAACAAACA